GAGGGGAUGGUGCAGGUGGCGGCGCUGCUGUGGCGGCGGCUGCUGCGGAAGCGCUGGGUGCUGGCGCUGCUCUUCGCCCUCUCCCUCGUCUACUUCCUCAGCAGCACCUUCAGACAGGAGGAGCGGACGGGGAGGGACCGGAGCCUCCUCCAGAUGCCGGAUCCCGCGCUGCCCAUCCCGUGGAAGCUGCAGUUCAACCUGGGAAACAGCAGCCGCGGGGCCGGGGCCCGGUGCCGGAAUUCCGUCCAGGGGAAGCGCCUCAUCACCGACGAACUCGGUCACGUGUGCGAGAGGAAGCACCUCCUCGGCAACGGCUGCUGCGACUCGGAGGCGUCCGGUACGCGUCUCUUCAGCUGCGAGGGCUGCCUGAGCCACGGCUGCUGCAGCGUCUACGAGCACUGCGUGUCCUGCUGUCUGCAGCCCGGCAAGCAAGUGCUCCUGGAGCGCUUCCUCAGCCGGGCGGCCGCGGCCUUUCAGAACCUGUUCACGGCGGUGGAGGACCUCUUUGAGCUGUGCCUAGCCAGGUGCCGGACCUCCUCCCAGAGCGUGCAGCACGAGAACACCUACCGGGACCCCGUCGCCAAGUUCUGCUACGGGGAGCAGCCCCCCCAGCUCCUGCCGUCGUGACCCCGGGCCGCCACGUUGGACGCCCCCCGGCCGCCCGGCGGAGCGGGGGCCUUCCCGCCCGUGGACCCGGGAGGAGGUGCCCACGCCGUCCGGCCCGCCGGAUCCGUUCACGGCCUCCGCUUCCCUCCCGGGAGGCUCCGGGGGGCCGCGGCCCGGACUCUCGGGGGACCCGGGGAUCAUCUGUGGCGUCGACUGGGCGUGAUCGGAAGCGGACACCGCUGCCCGCAGCUGGCGGUGGUGGGACGGAACCCGGUGGGAUCUGCCCCGGGGCAGGGGGGGGAGGGGGCCGGCCCGGAGUCCCCCGGGGAAAAUGACCCUCGCGCCCGGGGCCGGGCGGCGGUCUUCCCGGGCCCGGUCUCCCGGAAGAGAGUCGGGAUUUCCCGAGGGGGCCCGGACCCUCUCGGCCCAGAAGCGGGGGCGGUUUCUGGGGCGGCGUCUCAGCCGAGUCCGGUGUCGCGAUGCGUCGGACGCCCGUCGGGCGUUUCUUCGUCUUUCCCUCGGGCCCCGGGGGGGCCGCCUGGGACCCUCGUCCGGUGACCGGUGGGGUGGCGGGGGGCGAUCUUGUGUCUCCCUGGAACCCCACCGCUGGACCGACCGUUUCUAACCUCGGAUUUUAAUUUAA